AUGGACGGGCCACACCAGCGCUGCCUCCUUCUCCUCCUUUGCCUGCUCCCACAGCCGAGCAUCCUUGGCCCGCCACCACCUCCAGAGGAACUCCGUGAGCCGCCGCCGCCGUCGGGUACCACUGACCCCGCUGCCCAUGUCCUGCGCGGCCGCCCCUCAGCCCCGGUGCGGCCAUACAGCCUCUCGCUCUCACCUGAGGACUACCACUACUACCCCAAGCCCCGGCACCUGAAACCCGGGCGGCUACGCCGGCUGCUGGGCUCAGCCUUCGACCCUUUCUGGAUGGCCACCGUGGAGCCGCACCGCCGCAACGGCAGCGUCCUCCAGGACAACCUGGAGACCCAGAGCCGGGACCUGGCGGAGGGCGCCAGGCGCUACCGCCGCAAGCUGUGGCGAGAGGCUGAGGGGCUGGAGCUGCCCGCGCUGCUGCCCCCCGGCCCGGCGCUGUCCUCCGAGCUGCGGGGGACCGUGUCCCGCAGCCUGCGGCAGUGGCUGGUGGAGCGGGCUGCCUGCCGCCUCACCUCCGCAUGGGUUGACCUGGGAGCCGUCUUCUGGCCGCGCUGGGUGCGCCACACUGCCUGCGAGACCGGGCCCCGCAGCUGCUCCUGGCCCCCCGGCAUGGCCUGCCGCCCCGCGCAGCUCACGCACAUCAAGCUGCUGGCCUGGCACUGCUGGGCCAUGCGGCAACCCGGGCCCCCGCACUGUGCGUGGCGGCAGAUCCCGUACCCGGUCGUGGCCGCCUGCAAGUGCUCCUGCCGCUGAGGGGAUGCAGAAGGACACCUCCACCGCCGGUGCCUGUUCUUGCAGCCAA